GAACGUGUAGAAGAAGGCGAAGUGGAUACUAUCCAAACCAAUGCUCGUUAUUUGGCUUAUGCUAGUCGUUUGAAGACAGCAGUGGCAGCUUCUAGUCGAUAUUUGGCUUACUCUUCUGAUAUUGGUGAAAGUUUCCGUCCUGUUGUAUCACCUGCUGUAGUCAGGGCUGCCUAUGGAGUUUCUUGGGGUUAUGUUUUAGUUGAUAUGUCUUAUGAAGGAUACAAAGCUCAUCAUGCUGGAGAUUCUAAUCAACAAGCAGCUUUAGCCAUGGUUCAUCGAGGUGCAUUUCAAGCUAUUGCAUCCAUGAUGUUCCCCAUGAUCACCAUCCAUACUGCUGUCAAAUAUUCUGCCAAGGCAUUCAAGAAUGUGAAAAAUCCAAAAAUUCGUACCUGGGGUCCUACUUCUAUUGGUUUAGCUAUUGUUCCCUUCCUACCUUAUCUAUUUGAUGAACCUGUUGAAAAAGCCAUGGAUCGUCUCUUUGAACCUUUGAAG